AUGGAGAACGUGCCUCUUGUGCGACUCACGAGAGAUCUGCUGGCGAGGGAUCGAUACGAUGUCCGCGUUCGACCAAUUCUUGAUCAUUCCAAGUCUCUCAGAAUUCAUGUCAGUAUUUCCCUCUAUCAGAUCAUCGAAGUGGAUGAGCCAUCACAAAACAUCAAGCUAAACGUGUGGAUGAUACAAAAGUGGCGUGACGAGUUUUUGUCGUGGAAUCCGCAAGACUACGGUAUGAUCAAUUCAACGAUUAUUCCGUUCAAAUAUCUUUGGAUUCCUGACACCUACCUCUAUAACAGGUAUUCUUUUCAACUCAAAGAGUGCGGAAUUCAUUAUGUAACGAUUUGCAGUGUGAAGAUGAGCCGUGACGAGACGGAGCGCUACAUGAACGUGCAGAUCGAGUCGCAGUACUGGAAGGGUCUGAACGGCUCGCUGAUGUCGUUCCUCUAUCCAGCCAUCUACACCGUCACCUGUCGCCUGAACAUCAGAUUCUUCCCAUACGAUAGGCAGAACUGCACUUUAACAAUAUCGAGUUGGACGAACUCGAAGUCGGCACUCGACUACUAUGCCGAUGCCGAAGUGAAUAUGGCUUCCUAUAUUACAAAUGAGGAAUGGGAUGUGAAGUCGUUCAAGAUUUAUCGACACGAGCACAAGUACGCGUGUUGCUCGGAACCGUGGGCGAUUCUACAGGCAUCAUUGGUGAUUCAACGUAAACCUCUCUACUACGUUGUGAAUCUGAUAAUUCCAACGUCUAUCAUAACCGUCGUGUCGAUUACCGGCUUCUUCACACCGGCAUCCACAGACGACGAUCGUACUGAGAAAAUCAAUCUUGGUCGGUUUCGUAGUGGCACAUAG